GAGCCCCACGUGAUUGAGGCGAAGAGUUUGAUGCAAAGUGACCUGUAGCUGAAACUGACUCGAGUGAAUUCGCAGCUUGUAACUUUCGCUCAUUCAGCCUGCGUUUCCGUUGCUCUGGAUAAAAACUAUCGCGAUCUUUUAAUUUUGUUUUAUUUUUUAAAAAAAAGUGUUAGAAUUUUUUUUGUCAGAAUGCCGGAACAGAUCAGCAUCUCCGAGUUUGUGAGUGAAACUUUGGAGGACAUCAACUCGCCGAUCACCUCCAAUUUUACCUCGAAAAUGAUGAGCUGCAGGAACACGGUAGCUGCGCUGGAAGAGUCACUGGAAGCAGAUCAGGCUAUCCUACUGAAGAUGAAGAAGUUGAUUAAAGCUAUUCACUCCUCUGGACUCUCACAUGUGGAGAAUAAGGAGCAGUACAUUGAAGUUCUGGAGAGCUUCGGGAACCACCACCUGUCUCAAAACAAGAAUGAGUUGUCCAUGGGUUUCCUGAACCUUGGUGUUUUCACUCGUGAAGUUACAGCACUCUUUAAAAACCUGACUCAAAACAUGAACAACAUCCUUUCUUUUCCAUUGGACAGUCUGCUAAAAGGAGAUUUGAAGGAAGGAAAAGGGGACCCAAAGAAACUCAUUGAAAAAGCUUGGAAAGACUACGAAACCAAAGUUAAUAAAAUUGAAAAGGAAAAGAAAGACCGUGCCAAGCAGUUUGGAUUGAGUCGUUCGGAAAUCGGUGCAGCUGAACUUGUGGAUGACCUGGACAAAGAGCGAAAGAUGUUCCAACUCCAAAUGUGUGAGUAUCUUCUCAAGGUGAACGAAAUAAAGAUUCGAGAAGGCCCUGACCUACUCCAGAGCCUCAUCAAGUACUUCCAUGCCCAGCAAAAUUUUUUCCAGGAUGGUCUUAAGGCAGCUGAAAGCUUGUCACCUUUUGUGGAAAAACUAGCUGCGAUUGUACACUCUCUGAAACAAGCACAAGAUGAUGAGAUGAAACAGCUGACCCAGAUCAGGGACUCCUUGAGAUCAGUACUCCAAGUGGAUCACAAAGAGGAUGGUUUGAACAGGAAAAAUUCAGGCUACAGCAUACACCCACUCCCAGGGAACCGUCUACUUGGCACGGAAAAAUCUGGUUUUCUAAACAAAAAGAGUGAUGGGAUCCGAAGAGUGUGGCAGAAGAGGAAGUGUGGAGUUAAAUAUGGCUACCUCACCAUAUCGCACAGUACUAUCAACAGACCUCCAGCCAUACUUAAGCUGCUGACUUGCCAAGUGAAACCAAAUCUUGAAGAAAAAAGAUGCUUUGAUCUUAUAACACAUAAUCGAACAUACCACUUCCAAGCUGAGGAUGAGCAGGAAUGUCAAGCAUGGGUUUCUGUGUUACAGAACAGUAAGGAAGAGGCACUCAACAAUGCCUUUAAAGGAGACAAUGGAAAUGGCAGCAGUGACACUGUGCAGGAACUGACCAAGUCAAUUAUUGCUGAGGUCAAAGGCAUGCCAGGAAAUGAGGUGUGCUGCGACUGUGGUGCUGCAGAUCCUACUUGGCUUUCUACCAAUCUGGGCAUUGUGAUCUGUAUUGAAUGUUCUGGGAUUCAUCGGGAAUUGGGUGUCCACUAUUCCAGGAUACAGUCGCUCAUGCUGGAUGUCCUAAGUACAUCUGAACUCCUGCUUGCUAGUAAUAUCGGAAACACGAGGCUGAAUGAGAUUUUUGAGGCAAACUUGCCAGCUCAGUGUGGAGUAAAACCCACUUCGACCAGCGACAUGAACUCUCGAAAGGAAUUUAUUACUGCAAAGUAUGUGGAGCACAAAUACACAAAGAAAGGCGUUUGCGAAGGUGGAUGGAGGCUGUUUGAGGCCAUCCGGAGCAAGGACCUCCUGGCUCUGCUGCAGAUGUACACCGAGGGUGUGGAUUUCAGUACACCACUGAACCUGCCAGAUGGACAGGACCUCGGGGAGACACCAUUGCACCUUGCUGUGCGGUUGGCAGACAGAACAUCGCUGUCUUUGGUUGACUUUCUGAUCCAGAACGGGGGUGGCCUGGAUGUGAAGACGGAAGAGGGGAACACUCCACUUCAUUACUGCAGCCUGUACAACAAAACCGAGAGCCUCAAAUUGUUACUGAAGGCAAAGGCCAGCAUGCAGAUCGGUAAUGCGGUUGGAGAAACUGCCUUGGACAUUGCAAAGAAGUUCAACCAUUCCCGCUGCGAGGAACUGCUUGAGCAAGCAUUGUCCGGGAAGUUUAACCCUCCUGUUCACGUGGAGUAUGACUGGGUGGUGCAACAGGACUUUUCUUACGACAGUGAGGAUGAUUUGGAGGAAAAGGUCAGUCCUUUGCAAAGGUCAUUCAAGUCCAUUGGUCAACUCUCUCCUCCCAUUGCUUCCAUCGCGUCUCCACCAUUUGGGAACCACAGCCCUUCUGGCUCCAAGAAGGAAAGGUGGAGUUUCACAGGCUCCAGUAUUGUAAACGAGACGUAUGGGGCUGUGGUCCUUCCCUCCAAGUCAUCUGCUCAUUCACCAACCAGCAACACCACGCCGCCGCCACUGCCAGUGAAAACCUUCACCAGGGCUGCGUCCAUAGAUGGACAGAACAAACGAUGCUCCCUUGGGAAUGGUCCUGUACUUGCCCCAUCACUGAGUCAUGGGAUCUCUCCUUCCAAAACUCCAGGAUGCCCAGCUGUUCAUUGGAGACACUCGAUCGGUGGAUCAACAGAGAUCUCCAGCUCUCAGACCAAGGCAAACUCUCAGACCAGAAUGGCCCAUCACUGGGGAAGUCAGACUCCAGCUGAGGUUGCAGAUUGCAGGAGGCAGGGGUCACAGAGUGAAGCGCCCCUUCAGAACGCAGAGCAACACCACCCUCCCAACCAGCCAGUGCCAGUGUCCGAGCCGCCACUGCCAGUGAGCCCUAACCGUAUAACAUUCACCAGAAAACCCAGCAGAGAAGAGGGAGUAAAGAAGCCAAGAGGGGAAUAUCUCUCACCAACAGAUUCGAGUUCAAGGAGUCAGGAAGAUGUUUAUAUAGUUCCAGAAAGCUCCAAACCAAUCCCUGUGCCGCUGCCAAGGAGGUCGUUUGGGGUAAGGCUGAAGCAGAAGAGAGUUAAAGCAAUCUUGGACUGUACAGCAGACCAUCCCGAUGAGCUGACCUUUACCAAGGGGGAGGUCAUUGUUGUGACUGGAGAAGAAGAUUCGUUUUGGUGGGUUGGACAUGUAGAAGGAGACAAAUCAAGAUCAGGAGCCUUCCCAGUGGACUAUGUCCAUCUCUUGUCUGAAUGAAGAGCUUACUGCUAAUAGGAGGAGUUUCGAAAGAACUUGACUUUGCAAACUACUCAGGAAGCCAUUCUGAAUGCUUGGGUUUCUCUGUUCAGACUUGGGACAAGGCAGGGUGCCUUUGCUCAGGAUACCAGCUUGACUACCUUCUUACAGGAUGCCCUUUUCAGGAUAUUCUCAAAAAAAAUCCUUUUCGGUAUCAUUGGAAAAUCCUGGACAUUGCAACCAAGCUUGACUCAGACUUUGGAGUUGUUUGAGUGUUGGCCAGGCCUUUGGUGUCCAACUUCUUACAUUAUAUUUAGCACCUAAUCCUUUCCUGUAUUGCCAUGUAUGGAUUUUAAAAAAACUGUCUUGGGCUGAAUGGAUUUUGGGUUAGCACAGUUGAACAAAGGCAUUUGAUGUCCAACCUGAGCAAUAUAUUCCACAGGGGUAGUUUGGGCAUGAGAUUGAAGAUGAUGGUAGGUAGAAUGCUGAGCGUUUGAAGAACCAGGCUUUACUGAAGAAAGUGAUAUGUAUUUGUGAGGCCGUGACAGACCAGGUUCCCUGCACCUAGACGGAGGGUGACAAAAGAAUUGGAACUCCAAAUCUACAGCAUGUGCACUGCAGUGAUCUAAGAAGUUGGCUCAUCACUAUCUUCUACUUUUACAGUAGUUGGGAUCAAGUAACAAAUGCUGGUUUUGGCAGGGAUGCUCACAUCCCAUUGAAAGAAUCAAAAUGAUUAGGAAAGGUGGGACCACAUACCAUGCGGGAUUGAAAACUUAUUGCACAACUUUUAAUGCAAAAUGGGAGCCAAAUGCUACAUUAAAUAGUCAGGGUAGUAGGGUCUUGCAGCGUUUGAACUGAAAUAUUUAUUGCACGAAUUAAAUUGCUGCACGUGAACUGAAUGCUAUAUGGCACAGUGUGGGAAGAAGAAGAGAAGGGAUAUUGGUAUAGGAAAACUAUAAAUGCAUCAAUUGAAGUUAAGUCUUUCAUACCCUCCAUUGACUAUGAAAGAUCAAACAUGCACAACAGUGUCUGGAAGCUACAGGAGUUUUGCAAAAUUUAAAAUUGUUUGGAGCAGGUCAUCACUUCUGCAUAAGAAGGAGACAACUACACAAGUGUGCAUGCAUUAAGGACACUCCCCAUUCUAAAAUCCUGCUUUUAACAGAAUGCUUCUGUUUGCAGCUGCAUAAAUUAGAACAAGGAACGAAGAGUAAUUUGACUUUGGGAGAAUUCCAGUGUCGCCUUGUUUUGGGUCUGUGACUUGAGGAUUUGCUGCGAUGUUUCUUUCUUUAUAGUAUGUUCAAAUUGACAAUGUUUAAAUAAAGAUUGUCAAAAUAUC